UGUGGAUUGAAAAACAUGAGGGUUAAGUACAUAGUAAGCUGAACAUGGUUAAACAUUUACAAACUGUUAUAAAGGGGUCUGAUUUAGGAAACACAGUCCUGUUGGUGUAGAUUAGUGUUUGUGAACAGGUUGAGUAGUUUCACCACUUACACACCAGCAUUCAUCAUGGAGUGGACUAGGUUCCUCUGUUGCCUCGCUCUCUUUGUUGUCUGUGCUAAUGCGGCCACAAUUGAGAUCUUACACAAAAUCGAGGACCUAAAAAGCAAAAAGUUUGGCCAUGAGUACCCACGCCAUGGUCUUCUCCUGCUGCACUGGCUGGCCAACCACAUCUCCAUCAGUCAAUCAGAAGACAUUCUACUUCAUUUUGAUCCUGGAAGGCAGGACUAUGGCUUCCACUACUAUAAUAGCACCAACAAUACCAGCACUACCCUGCCGUACUUGGAUGACUCAAGCGACAGAGUGUACUACUCUUUGGGCAGUCUCAGUUCAAAGGCUGUCCGAACUAAGCUGCCUCCGUAUGUCACCCAAGAUUACUACAAUGCCCUCGAGGACCCCAAGAGAGAUCUGGACCGCAUAGUCCUCCGAGUGCAAAGGAGCAGCCCAAGACAAGCAGACAAAGUGUACAUCACUCAAGCAGUGACCAAUGAGCAAGAGGUGGACUACGACCCAGAUGAAACCUUUGAGAUCAGUACUAGACUCUUGACGCAAGUACAGAUUCUCAAAACUCCUCUUGAUUUACUACAAACUCUUGAAUCGCAUGUGACUGGCACUCAAAACUCGGAUGAUCCUAGACUUGUCCUCUCCAAAGAAAAACUUCUCAACCACUUGAAAUAUUCUGACAAACAUCUUCAGAGUAUUUUUGAAGACCCAGGUGUGAGGUGGCUUCUGAUUCUGGCUGGAUAUGACUUAGAUAACAGGUACAACAUCCAUAAGAAAACUUGGUUCUGCUCAACUGAUGAGCCAAUCCAGCAUGACCAAAUCUCCAGUGAUCCUGAGACACUGUGUGAAAGCCACAGUACGGUAAAGAUAGAGGUGAAAUCCACACAAGAUGGCUAUGCAAGAAUCAUUUGGAGCGGUUUACCAAAGAACAUCCUAAAACUGAACACUACUGUUGUCCUUUUUAGUAGCGACACAUCUACGGAGCUUCAGAGGUUCACAGAACUCCAAGGCCAAGCAUCAGGGUCCUAUGACACCUACUUGGCACUGAAUCAUGGAAUUCAGCCACGUCUGGUCACAUACAGUUUCGCCUUUGAGUAUGGCUUCAUUGGCCUCCGUUACUCCAUAAUUUGGAGAGGGCCACAGUUUGACGAGGCUAACAGAGUGAUUCCUACCAAAAUUACUGGCUACAAUGCAAACCUUCAACUUUACACCGUAUACGGCUACGCAUGUGCUCGGAUAUAUAUCAAAAGCUCUUUCACUGAUUGGAAAAAGAAGUUUGCUGGCUCAUGGGUAUCUUUCUAUACCAACGAUCAAGAUCCGGACCAUAAAUAUACACACUAUCAGUGGGUCACCAAUUUCAAGAAAGUUGAUGACACUAAAGAAUAUCUAAUCUAUGAGUAUGUGUCAUCCAUGAGUAUUGGACCUGGAGUCCAAGCUCGCUUUAUGUUCUCUAAUGUCCGUAGCUUCCUCAGUUAUUUACGCACAACUGGAACUGUGAAAGCUCGCACGAUUCCUUGGGAGAGUGUGAAUAACUAACUAUAACAAAAUAAAAUGCCUGAAGAAAACUCUGACGAAAAAUAUGUUUAGCUUCAAAUAUCAUUAGCAUAAAGGUUCAGUUAUUUUAGUGUCAGGUUUAAUUCCAAUGAAAUGAACUGAUGCAGAAAUUAUAAAUGCAGACAUAAAAAAGAAAAAUUGUAACAAAAUGUAUACAAUAUCCUAGCUGGUUUAUUUUGAUGGAUCUGCAAACAAAAUGAGUGUUAAAUGAUAUAUAAAGUAAAUAAAAAUGAUACUACAGCA